UAAAGGCUUUCCAGCCGUGGGACGGCGUCAUUUAAAAAAAUCAAAGCGGGCGUCGCAAGUGCGGAUAAUUUAUUGCAUCUGUUAAUCGUGACGUGGCCUUUCAGCCGGAGCAACUGAUAGCUCGUCCUCCGUAAAUCCAGUUAUCUUUCAAACAUGAAGUACUUUUUGCUGUUGGGACUUCUGCUUCUAGCAGGCGUCAAUCAAAUCGCUGCUAAUGAAGAGGAAACCGCAACCGAGACCAUUGACUUGGAUCUGGGAUCCUUUAAGGAGGGCUCCCGAACCGACGCCGAAACACUGAAGCGCGAGGAAGAGGCCAUCCAACUGGACGGUUUGAACGUGGCGCAACUGAAGGAAAUUCGAGAAAAGGCAGAGAAGUUUACUUUCCAAACGGAGGUUAACCGAAUGAUGAAGUUGAUUAUCAAUUCGCUCUACCGCAACAAGGAAAUCUUCCUGCGUGAAUUGAUUUCUAACGCCUCCGAUGCUAUUGACAAGAUCCGUCUGUUGGCUUUGUCUAAUAGCAAGGAAUUGGAGAGUAAUCCGGAAUUACACAUCCGCAUCAAGGCCGACAAGGAAAACAAGGCUUUGCACAUUAUGGACUCAGGUAUUGGCAUGACCCACCAGGAUCUGAUUAACAAUUUGGGCACAAUCGCCAAGUCCGGCACUGCCGAUUUCCUGGCUAAAAUGCAGGAUCCCAGCAAGUCAGAGGGACAAGACAUGAACGACAUGAUUGGACAGUUCGGUGUGGGCUUCUAUUCCGCUUUCUUGGUUGCGGAUCGUGUUGUGGUGACUACCAAGCACAACGACGACAAGCAGUACAUCUGGGAGUCGGACGCUAACAGCUUCAGCAUCACCGAGGAUCCCCGUGGUGACACCCUGAAGCGAGGAUCCGUGAUCUCGCUGUAUCUGAAGGAGGAGGCCCAGGAUUUCCUGGAGGAGGAUACCGUCCGCGAGCUUAUUCGCAAGUACUCACAGUUCAUCAACUUCCCCAUCCGCAUGUGGUCUAGCAAGACUGUAGAAGAGGAGGUUCCCGUUGAGGAGGAGGCCAAGCCCGAGAAGUCUGAGGAUGACGUGGAGGAUGAGGAUGCUAAGGUCGAGGAGGCCGAUGAUGAGAAGCCAAAGACAAAGAAGGUCUCGAAGACCACAUGGGACUGGACCCUGAUCAACGACAGCAAACCCAUCUGGACCCGCAAGCCAGCCGAAGUGACCGAGGAUGAGUACACUAGUUUCUACAAGAGCCUGACCAAGGACUCCAGCGAGCCCCUGUCGCAAACGCAUUUCAUCGCCGAGGGUGAGGUUACAUUCAAGAGUUUGCUUUACGUGCCCAAGGUGCAGCCGUCGGAGUCCUUCAACCGCUAUGGAACCAAGUCGGACAACAUCAAAUUGUACGUGCGUCGCGUCUUCAUCACCGAUGAGUUCAAUGAUAUGAUGCCGAACUAUCUGAACUUCAUCCGCGGUGUUGUGGACUCUGAUGAUCUGCCUCUUAACGUUUCCCGCGAAACCCUUCAGCAGCACAAGCUCAUCAAGGUGAUCAAGAAGAAGCUGGUCCGCAAGGUGCUCGAUAUGCUUAAGAAGAUUGAUAAGGAAGCCUACGAGAAGUUCUGGAAGGAAUUCUCCACCAACAUCAAAUUGGGAGUGAUGGAGGACCCCAGCAAUCGUUCGCGCCUCGCCAAGCUACUCCGCUUCCAGACCUCCAACGGCAAGGGCGUUACCUCGCUUGCCGAGUACAAGGAACGCAUGAAGGCGAAGCAGGAGCACAUCUACUACAUUGCCGGUGCCAAUCGUGUUGAGGUUGAGAAAUCGCCCUUCGUGGAGCGUCUGCUGGCCAAGGGCUACGAGGUUCUGUAUCUGGUUGAGGCCGUCGAUGAGUAUUGUAUCUCCGCUCUGCCCGAGUUCGAUGGCAAGAAGUUCCAGAAUGUGGCCAAGGAGGGAUUCCAACUGAACGAGUCCGAGAAGAGCAAGAAGAACUUUGAGUCGCUGAAGAGCACCUUCGAGCCUCUGGUCAAGUGGCUGAACGAUGUGGCCCUUAAGGAUCAGAUCUCUAAGGCCCAGGUGUCCGAGCGUCUGAGCAACUCCCCUUGUGCCUUGGUUGCCGGCGUUUUCGGCUGGACCGGCAACAUGGAGCGUUUGGCUAUGUCCAACGCCCACCAGAAAUCUGACGAUCCUCAGCGCUCAUACUAUCUUAGCCAAAAGAAGACCCUUGAGAUUAACCCUAGACAUCCUUUGAUGCGCGAGUUGUUGCGUCGCGUUGAGGCCGACGAGGCUGAUGACACCGCCAAGGACAUGGCUGUGAUGAUGUUCCGCACCGCCACCCUGCGAUCAGGAUACAUGCUCCAGGAGACAUCUCAGUUCGCCGACAGUAUUGAGCAGAUGAUGCGCCAGACUUUGGGAGUUUCUCAGACCGAACAGGUUGAGUUCGAUGAGGAAGAAGAGGACGAUGCUGAGGAGACCACGACUGGCAGCCAGGAAAGCGGAAAUGCCGAUGAUGAGGAGGAGGAUCAGCAGCAUGACGAGCUGUAAGCUGCUUCACUCACCGUCCACAUAGAUUGUACAUAAGAGUGUGGAGGUCAGACUGAGUUAUAAACAACCACAUACCGGGCGUUUCAUUAACAUUACUCCUCAGCAUGUCCCUAGAUUCUAAGUAAAGCAAUUUCGUAAUCCUUCGCCCACGUUGUCAUCACCACCAGUCGCCCAGAGCACUCCAUUACACGCAACACACUUUAAGCAUUCUGUUGCUCAAGCGUUUUCUUUUUUCGAAAGCAAAUGAAGUAUGUAUUUAUACAAUUUAAUGCGUAGAACAGAACAGAUUCCAGUCAAAAUAAAAAAAGACAAAUGAAA